CUGCGGGGCGAUGUGAAGGCGGUGGCUGGCCCCCUUCCUCCCCUCAGCCGCGCUCCCUUCGCCUCCCCUCUCUCGCGCCGUCCCUGUGGUAGCGGCUCCCGCCGGCCUCCGCGGCCGGGCCCCGCGUUAUGUAGUGAUCCCGGUCGGGCGGCGCUGCGGCGGCGGCGGCGGCUGCUGCUGCUGCUCAUGGGGCUGCUCAGGAUUAUGCUGCCGCCCAAGUUGCAGCUUCUGGCGGUGCUGGUGUUCGGGGUGGCCGUGCUGUUCCUGGAGAACCAGAUCCAGAAGCUGGAGGAGUCCCGCGGCAAGCUGGAAAGAGCUAUUGCAAGACAUGAAGUCAGAGAAAUAGAACAACGUCAUACAGUAGAUGGCCCCCGACAAGAUGUGGCAUUGGAUGAAGACGACGAUGUGGUGAUUAUUUACAACCGAGUACCUAAGACUGCCAGCACUUCCUUCACAAAUAUUGCCUAUGAUCUUUGUGCGAAGAACAAAUAUCAUGUUCUACAUAUCAAUACAACCAAAAAUAAUCCUGUUAUGUCUCUGCAAGAUCAGGUCCGAUUUGUGAAGAAUGUGACUUCCUGGAAGGAAAUGAAACCAGGAUUUUACCAUGGCCAUAUAUCUUAUUUGGACUUUGCCAAAUUUGGUGUCAAAAAGAAACCAAUUUACAUAAAUGUCAUAAGAGAUCCUAUAGAACGCCUAGUUUCUUAUUAUUACUUCCUGCGCUUUGGAGAUGAUUACAGACCAGGGCUACGGAGACGAAAACAGGGGGAUAAGAAGACCUUUGAUGAAUGUGUGGCAGCUGGAGGUUCAGACUGUGCUCCAGAGAAACUUUGGCUUCAAAUUCCAUUCUUCUGUGGCCACAGCUCCGAAUGCUGGAAUGUGGGAAGCAGAUGGGCUUUGGAACAAGCCAAAUACAAUCUGAUUAAUGAAUACUUCCUAGUAGGAGUUACUGAAGAGCUUGAAGACUUUAUCAUGUUGUUGGAAGCAGCUUUGCCCCGGUUCUUCAGGGGUGCCACAGAAUUGUACCGGACAGGAAAGAAGUCUCAUCUUAGGAAAACAACUGAGAAAAAACUUCCCACAAAAGAAACUAUUGCCAAGCUACAACAGUCUGAAAUCUGGAAAAUGGAGAAUGAGUUCUAUGAGUUUGCACUGGAGCAGUUUCAGUUUGUCAGAGCACAUGCAGUUCGGGAAAAAGAUGGAGAAUUGUAUAUUCUGGCUCAGAACUUUUUCUAUGAAAAGAUAUACCCAAAAUCAAACUAAGAACAACACUGUACAGUGAGAUUGAUGGACUUGAAUCUUUGGUCACAUUGUCAUCUUAGUCCUCAGCCACGGAAACUAGAUUGCUUGUAGACCUUCAAGACAUUUCCUGAUAGAUCUGAGAACAGUAGGCUGUGGAUCACCUCCAAGGCAUUGGAUACUGGCUAACAUCUUGGUAAUCCAGAAGCAAAGGCUUCAUUUCUUUUAUCUAAUACUUUCAGUGGGAGUUAAUAUCCUUUACCUGAAGAAAUCUACACUUCUAAUUCGGAGCAAUUAAUACACAGCAGUUCUAGUUGAAAAUAUAUCCAAACAAAAGAAUGCUUCUGUUGAUGCUCUUUUUAAGUUUCAGAGCUAUUUCUUUUCUUUUAUACUUCUGUGAAGAGGAAAUAAUUUUUCCCAGCUUUCAACAUGGAAAUUUGGUUGCAUCCAAUAGUGUUAAUAACUGGUUGACAUCUGUGCUUUGUUUUUGUGAAUCAUGUCACAUGAUAUUAAUUGGGAUGGUGAAUCAUGUUCUGCUGAGAAACGCUGCUACAAUUGCCCAUAUUUAUCUAUGUGGUUUUCUUUACAAAUGACAGUUGAUCAUGAGUGUUCAAACAUCAUUUCCACAUUAAUAUUGUAAAAAGUUAAAGAAUCAGAGGAGGUUUGGUUUUGGUUUCUUUAUCCCCACCACCACUGGCUGAGGUUGGAAAAACUGUGAAGAAGCUGGUAUUGUCUGCAGUUCUAGUUGAUCCUUACACAGUGGUAUAAAAAACAUAAACUCAGUAUUAAGUUUCUCCAUGGAUUCUUUGUAAUAACUGUAAACUGAGGUAUUGGUGAAUCCAUAUUAUGACUCCAUGAGUGAGCUGUGGUAUGGUUAGGGUUUUCCUACUACUUCGAUACUUUUAUCUGUAGAAUAUUUUUACUAAGGUGCUUUAUAACGUGUUUUAAAGCAUUGCAUAUACAAAAGGAGUAAAAUGCUGUAAAUACUGCUUAUUUUAUGUAUUUGGACCAAAAGGUUUAAAGUAACUAGUUUAAAGUGGGGUUUUUGCACCCGUUCUGUUAUGUGUGAAGUGAAAAGCAUCACAUCUACUUUGUGGUUGUGUUACAACUGUUGGACAUUGCUGAAAUGCACCUCAGUGACCUCUCUGACUUCAAUACCAGAAUGUUGUCCAGGGAUUCUCUUUGCAGAAAUGUAGUCUUCAUCCUUUUAUUAUGGUAAGAAGACGAGAAGAAAAAUGUCAUGUGUAGUCUGGUUGGGAAAGAUGCAGUGAACUUGAUUGACAUAACUCUAUUUAUGUAACUGCCUUAUGUGACUAUUGUAAAUCUGUGAGUUGCCAUUAUUAACAGUGUGAAACACCUGGUAGAUGAAGUAAAUUGCAAUUGGUGAACAGAUGUUUGGGGCCACUGCAUUAGAGCAAAUGGCAGUGGAGAAUUGUAAGAAUUUGUUUCCUAUUGAAUUUUCUUAAAGAUCUGAGUUUUUACACAUCUUACACCUGCCUUUUCUUGUAAUGCUUUCCACAGAGUUUGAUGGGGGAAGGCACCAAGGAGACAAAGUAAGGAAUGGUGGUAAAGGUUUAAAUUCUCAAGGGAUGAUGCUGAAGGCUUAGUUUAAAAUUACCAAGUAGAGUUUCUUUAACCAGCUUGUUCUUGUAAUGAAAACAAAGGAAAUGGAAAAUGUUCUGUGAACCGAAUGUCUGCAGCCAAGAGCAACAGCCCGAUGACAGAGAGGAUAGGGAGAGACUAUCAGGUCCAUCUUGCAUUUUCUUUGUUUUCUUGGAUUUUUCCCUUUGAUUUUUAAAAACAGAUCUCUUUUUGUUCUUCCCAAAUAAUCAGGGAAGUUCCUUCUGAUAGCUUACCCUUUAUAUAGCAUGAACCAUGCAUAAGAUUUCCUGUUCCAGGUCUUGUCUGUUGAUGUCAUUAAUAAUGCCAGUGUGCUUGGGAAUAGGAUGUGUUAGUUCACAAAUGAAGGCAUUUUUCCUAGCUAAAGAAAGGAACUGAGGAGUCAUACACAAGAAGUAGCUAAUGGAGAUCUAAAGAUUUCCAUAGUGAAGCAGUAACUUUUUGGAAAUAAAAUGAGUAUUUAUAAUCCCAGGAAAGAUUAUUCAUUCACUGUUAGUUUUACAAUAGAUUUUCUUUUGACUAUCUCUUUUCUCCUUCAGAGUAAUUUGGAUCAGUUUACCUUCUUGAGUCUCCUUCAGAAUAUUCAGAAGAGCACCUCUAAGAGAGCAGAAGAGUUUAGUAAGUGAAAACAUAAAAUAUUCAUCUAAGUAAUGAAAUAGGUAUGUAGACAAAUGCUUCUCUAUUGACAAGAAAACCGAUAGGCAAACCUUCUACCGAUUUCAGUAGGCUCUACAGAAACCCCUUCUAUUCUGUAAGACAUUUAAAAAGUUGUCUUUAAUUUCUGUUUGCUUCCAGGAUUUAGAUUUUCUUCAUUCUGAGUCUUCAGUAAGGACAAUAAUAGAAAACAGUAGAACAAUGCAACUUUUAUUACUUUUAAAUGAGCAAUAUAUUUUUCAUAGGUCAUGUCAGAAAGCACAUUUCAUUUAAUCAGCUAUCACUUCCCGUCCUUUGCUGUGAACUGGCAGGGUUGAGACAAGCAAGAAGUCUAGCUACAACUGGGAGGUUUCAUUCUAGAUGUGCUCUGACAAUGUUACUGUCUGUGGAACACAGAAGGAAUCAAGACUGUCUACUUUUAUAUCUAGAGCAACUGUUAAGUCAACUGUGAACUUUUUAGGAUCCUUUCAAUUGACAGCUAUCAAACUUAGAUCUCCUAAAAGACAGUUUAGGAGAAGGAGCUUUACACAUUUUUAAUAACCUGGUUUAUUCCUCUUCUAUUUGGAAAUGGAAACAAUCCAAGUUGUUGGAAUUAAAAGUGUUUUACAGUAUAUAAACAGAAUUUAUCUUGUGAAUUUGCCCUUAAUGACUUGGAGUGAAAAGCAGCAAUACAUGGGUUUUUGUUGUUGCAGGUUGUAUGAUCAGUAAACUUACUAUGCAGCCUCCUAAACAUGGAUCUUCUAACUGAAGUCACUGUAGUCUCUGCACAGGAGCUUGGCUUUCUGCAGGGCUAAGUUUGUUUGAAAGGUGCUGAAACGCUCAUCUCACUAUAGUUUAGAGUAGGUUUUCUUACACUGUUCUGUACUUUUGUACAAGAUUAACACCCAGAUUUUGUGCUAAACUUUAGCCCUGUUGGAGCUCUUGAUGUCAGCAUAAUGGCAUGAGGUCUAGCUGCACUGGCAACUGCAUAGCCAUACCCACAGCAUGCCGGAAGCACUGGGCAGUGCUGACAGGAGAGCAACAGUGGUUUUAGCUCCUUCCCAUAAUAAUUCUGCAGCCAUGCAGCAAGAACAUCACUCUUAUUAGUGUGUCUGUAGACAGCCACUAGGCUAGGGUGCAGAGUAUCCUAUGUGCACAUUCCUGCUUGCUCUGAGUUGAUUUUCAAGCAGUCUCUCUAUUAGUGGUAUGCUGAUCAUGGCCUCUUAUUCAAACAGGCAUGAAAAUUUAUAGCUAUACAAUACGGGAGAGGAAGAAGCAGCCCACCCUGGUCAUUUGAAAUCCCUUUUCUGGGUACUUAGUUUUCUCUGAAGAUACGUAGCUAUUUUUACUUUCCAGGAAUAAACAUUUGCUUAUUUAUGGUCUCAGAACUGUUCAGUUUUAUAUUGGGGAAAAUUCAGUUCUUUUAUAAUUCUGUUUAAAUCUUUUAUUGAGCUUCCCUGGUGUUGCUGAACACGUAUAUGACAAAAAGGGGUAUGGAUGACGCUGUCUGAACUGUGCUGCUUAAGCAGUCAGUGGAAAAGCCUGGUUCAAGUGCACUGCCAAUUUAGCUCUUCAGAAUUAGAGCAUAUUUUAUGACUACUAGAGAUUAAACUUAAGGAAACUGUAAGGCUGCUUAGUUGGAUGGAUGCUUCCUUUACUGUAAGCCUAUGCAACUAUGUAACCUAGCAGCAGUAUUUAUAGAAAGAGUCCUCUUCCUGAGACUUUUCUGGAGCAUAAUUAUAAAUGUUCAUACACUUGUACUGUCUGAUAUUUACAUCAGCAGCUUUCUGUAGCUUUGGUAAAGAGAGACAGGUUUGUGAGCAUUUCUAAAGCAGUACUGAAUGUAACUUUGAGAAACAUGGAUUGUGCGUCAUGACUCGUUUCUUUUUGAACACACACACACACAGCUGAAUAGUGCCUUUUUUCCUCACAAUCCAUGUUGAAGAUGCUCGAUCCCACUCACCCUCCGUAAACUGAUUCGUUUGUGCAAUACUGUUCCAACUUGAAACCAUUUUGUCGCACCUGUUUGAGAAAUAACCUCCAUUUUUUCCUCACUAUGUUGCCAGCUUUCUGUUGUUGAAGUGUUUCAGUUGAUUACCUAAUACAAAUGCUACAAAAUAAAACACCCAAUGGGAAGGGGAAAGAAAAGAAGUCUGGUGUCCUGUCUUCAUAUUUGCAUGUCACACUCACAUUAACUGCUUUCCUUUUUCCCCCUAGAAGAUGUUAUGCAGUACUGUGAACUUUGUCUGCAGCUAUUGUGAUUUUGGGGUGAGCUGGAAGGUAGCUUGUCUGUAAUGAUUUCACAUAGCUAUAACCAAAUAUAUUUAUAGGCUUGUAGAAUGUGCUUUGUGCUUUCUGGCUAGAAAUGUAAUAGAUUUGCAGAAGGUCACUGUGCUGAAAGCGUCAGUAAAAAGUUCUUCACGUUAAACUCAAGAUGUGUAAGAACAGAAAAGUGGCAUUAAGCCAGUGCAUUGGUACAUAUGUGAUUCCCUGUCUGAGGGAGUGAAUGACCACUUAUAGUGGUACUGGAAGAUGCUCAGUUACAGUGAUGAAUGUGAUGUAAGAACUGGAAGGUAAACUUCAUUUGCACUUGUAAGCAAGCACUUAAACCAAGAAAAUACAGUGAGCAUGGGAUGCACUGCACUGUUGAAGUGCAUACAGCAACCGUUGCCCAGUAAACAUUCCUAGCUUCAUGCACGAUGGAGCUGGAAAGUCAUCUGACCCAGCCAAGCUUCUUAAUGCAAUAGUUCCUAAAUAUUCAGUUGUCAGCCUUGAUUAAGAACCACCAUGCAGCUACUUAGGAACUUCCAGUUGAGGAUUUUGAUGGCUUUCAAAUCCCCCUUUUGUUGAAAGUAGGCUUUUCCUUCCUUCCAUCAGUGGAAGGGGUAGGUGUAAUUGUACACAGGAAACAAAGCUUCUCUGCUUUAAUCAGCCAGGAGUAAGUGGAGAUAAAAAUUGCCCAUAUAAAGGUACAGGACUUCCAAAAGUUGCUGCACCUCUUUACAAAAUGAUAUAGCAAACAAAAUGGGGGGGGAAG